AUGUUCCCAGACUUACAAUAUCCAUGUUCCCAGACAUGCAAUAUCGUUCCACUUUUAUUGAUGGGAGAAGUUUUGAGACUGGUUAUAUUUGACAGGACAGCUUCUCUCUCUCUCUCUCUCUCUCUCUCUCUCUCUCUCUCUCUCUCUCUGUUUACUUUUAUUAUUUCCUUCUUCCUUUUCCACUCUAUGCUUCUCUCUAUUUCGAUUCCCUCUCUAUAUUUCUCCAUACUUCUCCCUCCCUACUUUCCUCUGCUUAUAUUUCUCCCCUCUCUCUCUCCUCUCACUCCUCUCUCCAUUAAUCUCUGCUUCUUUUACUCUUCCACUCUCUUCUUCUCCCUCCUCUGCUCUCCCUCGUUAUGCUUCUCUUACUUCUGUCUGCUUCUCGGUAUAUUUCUCUCUCAUCCUCUCUCUGCUUCUCUAUCCUUCAUUCACUGCUUCUCUCUACCACUCUCUCUCUCUCUCUCUACAUUUCUCUUUGCUCCCCCUCUCUCUCUCUCUCUCUCUCUCUCUCUCUCUCUCUCUCUAUUCAUCUUGCCAAUGUUGAAUAUUAUCUACUACUACUACUACUUUCUUCUUUCUUUUUAUGUGACAUGUUUUUUCAGGGCGUAG